AUGCCCGCCACCAGGACUUCACGCGCUGUCAGCUUUCUUCAGCCCCCCACGAUUCCCCCAUGCGUCCCAUUGUUGCUCAGCGAGAUGGAGUUAUUUCCUACGCCCUCUCGUGUAGGAGUCUUUGGCGAGAAUGUGCUGAUCGCUCGGCCCACCCGCCCAAGAGUCUUCGGGGUGUACGAGGUGCAAGUACCACCAGUCGUGCGACCAGCGGCCCGCUCCCGCGCCGACACUGGUAAGAAGUCACGCCUAUCGUCAUAUGAAAAGCCCUCUGCAAAAAGGCCGUCUCCCGAUGGUACAGGGUCGACAACCUCAGCCGAAGCCGAAGUUGAAGUUGAAGCUGAAGGUGCCCCCCCAUCCGUCCGAGCACCGAUUCCGAAACCUUUCGGGGAGGUCGGGCGUCCGGGGCGCGGCGGUUACAACCUCGAUAAUUCGCUUAGGGCGAUUGGCUGGUCUGCCGAGGAUGUCAGCGAGUUUAAGACCAAGGCAAGCUUUGCGAUUGAGAAGCAUCUCAAUAUCGCCAAGAGCUAUUCGAAUCAAUUGCCCGCCGGCCUUCAAAAAGCACGCGAGAUUGUAAAUCAUGGCCGACUUUCCUGA